AUGGAGAUGAUGUAUUAUCAGUUGGCAAGGUCGUCUUACCAGGAUUCGUUGAAAGUUCUUGAGGCUGAUAUACAACAUGCUAAUGCUUUAGCUGCUGCAAUCCCUAGAGCAAAGGGUGGGACACGACUUCAAAUGAAAUUGGUCUACAAUCAUUUGGCACCCCUCUUUUUCUUUUUGCUCCAAUGGAUGGAUUGUUCCUGCACAUGUUUCUUUCCCAGAUAUCUAAAUCUUUUCCACAUACUUGUAUAUAAGGUGGACACGGAUGGGAGGCCGAAAAUAUCUACACAUGGAAGGAAAGCAACAAUUAAAGACUUCUAUGCUGUUAUAUUGCCAUCUCUUAGGCGGCUCCAUUGUGACCUAGUGGAGCUGGAUAAGGCUACAGAUGAUGAUCCUGGCAUGGAAAUCAUUAGCAAGAACAAAAUUGAUGGAGAGAAUGGAGUUGCCAACAACGAUUUUGAUAGGGAAGAUGAAUGUGGGAUUUGCUUGGAGCCAUGCACCAAAAUGGUCUUGCCUAGUUGCUGUCAUGCGAUGUGCAUCAACUGCUAUCGUGAUUGGAACACACGAUCAGAGUCCUGCCCAUUUUGUCGAGGUAGCUUAAAGAGAGUCAAGUCAAGAGAUUUAUGGGUUCUCACUUGUAGUGAGGAUGUGCUUGACACCAACACAAUUUCCAAGGAGGACCUGUUGCGCUUUUACCUAUAUAUUAAUAGUCUGCCCAAAGAUUACCCAGAUGUCCUUGUCUGGACAUAUUAUGAAUACCUAAUAUGA